GUGAGUAAGCCCACGGCACAGCUAAGUGCAGCCGCCCGCCUCUGUCACUGGGAGACAGUCCACUUAAAUGCAGCUCCAGGGUUGCGAGGCACCCACCAGCAUCCUUCCCCGUGCGAGGUGGCAAAUGCAACAUGCUCUCCAGCUUGGGGUGCCUACUUCUCUGUGGAAGUAUUACACUAGUCCUGGGAAAUGCACAGAAAUUGCCAAAAGGUAAAAGGCCAAGCCUGAAAGUCCACAUCAAUACCACAAGUGACUCCAUCUUCUUGAAGUUCCUGCGUCCAAGUCCAAACGUAAAGCUUGAAGGUCUUCUCCUGGGAUACGGCAGCAAUGUAUCACCAAACCAGUACUUCCCUCUUCCCGCUGAAGGGAAAUUCACAGAGGCCAUAGUUGAUGCAGAGCCGAAAUAUCUCAUAGUCGUGCGACCUGCUCCCCCUCCAAGUCAAAAGAAGUCAUGUUCAGGUAAAGCUCGUUCUCGCAAACCUCUCCAGCUGGUGGUUGGCACUCUGACACCAAGCUCGGUCUUCCUGUCCUGGGGUUUCCUCAUCAACCCACACCAUGACUGGACGUUGCCAAGUCACUGUCCCAAUGACAGAUUUUACACGAUUCGCUACCGAGAAAAGGAUAAAGAAAAGAAGUGGAUUUUUCAAAUCUGUCCUGCCACCGAAACAAUCGUGGGAAAUCUAAAGCCCAACACAGUUUAUGAAUUUGGAGUGAAAGACAAUGUGGAAGGUGGAAUUUGGAGCAAGAUUUUCAAUCACAAAACUGUUGUUGGAAGUAAAAAAGUAAAUGGGAAAAUCCAAAGUACUUAUGACCAAGACCACACAGUGCCAGCCUAUGUCCCAAGAAAGCUAAUCCCAAUAACAAUCAUCAAGCAAGUGAUUGAGAAUGUUACUCAGAAGGCUUCAGCUAAGUCCCCAGAAAAAGCUCCCAUGGGAGGAGUGAUACUAGUCCACCUAAUUAUUCCAGGUCUUAAUGAAACUACUGUAAAACUUCCUGCAUCCCUAAUGUUUGAGAUUUCAGAUGCAUUCAAGACACAAUUAGCUAAGAAUGAAACCUUGGCAUUACCUGCCGAAUCUAAAACACCAGAGGUUGAAAAAAUCCCAGCACGGCCCACAACAGUGACUCCCGAAACAGUUCCACGAACCGCUAAACCCACCGUGCCUAGUGCAUUCGAUGUUUCAGAAACAACACUGGUUCUCAGCAAAAAGACCCCGGAAACAUUGCAAACUAUUCGAAUACCUCAGUUUGAAUUGCCACUGAGCACUCUAGUUCCAAAAAGGCUUCCAGAAUUUCCUGAGGCAAAAACACCCUUCCCUUUUGAGAAACCUGGGGACACCUUGGCUUCAAGUGAAAAGCCAUGGAUUGUGCCUACAGCUAAAACAUCUGACGAUUCCAAAGUUCUGCAGCCUCAAACUGCAACUUAUGACGUUUUCUCAAGCCCUAUGACAUCAGAAGAGCCUGAGAUUUCAGAGUCCUAUACAGCAACAAGUGACCGUAUUCUGGAUUCUGUCCCACCUAAAACUUCUAGAACUCUUGAACAGCCAAGGGCGACACUGGCUCCAAGUGAAACACCGUUUGUUCCUCAAAAUCUGGAAAUCUUUACCAGUCCUGAAAUGCAGCCUACGACACCUGCUCCCCAGCAAACUACAUCUAUUCCUUCUACACCAAAACGGCGCCCCAGGCCCAAACCGCCAAGAACCAAACCUGAAAGGACCACAAGUGCUGGAACAAUUACACCUAAAAUUUCUAAAAGCCCUGAACCUACAUGGACAACACCGGCUCCCAGUAAAACACAGUCUAUUUCUUUGAAACCUAAAAUCCCUCUCAGCCCAGAAGUGACACACACCAAACCUGCCCCAGAACCUCAGACUCCACUGCCAUCAGAGUCAACAAUAGGACCUGAGACACUGGGAAUGAAACCUUCAACAACAACAUUAGCACCACGAAAGACCAAAAGACCAGGUCGUCGCCCCCGCCCACGUCCCCGCCCUAAAACCACACCUAGUCCAGACGUGCCCACGUUCAAACCGGCUCUGGAACCUGCCACGAUACAGCCGGAACCCUUGGUGCCCACAACUGCCUCAAAAGCAUCCGAGAGUCCUAAAACCACACACAGACCAGAUGCCCCUCAAAUUCAGCCUGGUUCAAAACCACCAAAACAAUUACUUCCUAAACCCCAGACCACAGCAGAACCAGACAUGCCACCAACUAAAUCCGUCUCUGAGUCUCUUCCAUUUGAAACUGAAGCUCCCUCGAUGACCAUAGUUCCCGCCACAGACGUUGAGCCUGUAACUGAGAGAACUGAGGUUCCAGUGACAACAUUAGCUCCAAAAACACCACCACGAGCAAGAACACGUCGUCCACGUCCCAAACAUAAAACCACACCACGCCCAGAGACACCGCAGACCAAACUAGACUUUGGACCUAUUACUCCUGGGACUUCUUCAGCUCCAACAACAACAAAAAGAGCCCGUCGUCCACAUCCCAAACCUAAAACCACGCCCCGUCCAGAAGUACCUCAGACUAAACUGGUUCCUGCCACAAUCCUCGAACCAGUUCUUAGAACUGAGGCUCCAGGCACAACAGUAGCUCCCAAAGUGCUUCAACGAACUCACCCUCCACAUCCCAAACCUAAAACCACACCGAGUCCCGAAGAGCUUCAGACAGAUCUGGUUCCUGCUACAAUCUUUGAACCAGUUUCUCCUAUAAAAGAGGCUCCAGGGACAACAUUCAUUCCUGUGACAGACCUCGAGCCUGUUACUUUUAGAACCGAGACCCCUGCAACAACCUUAGCUACCAAAACAUCAAAAAGAACCCGCCCUCCACGUCCCAGAAUUAAAACUACGCCGAGCCCUCAGGCACCCGAGACCAAACCCGUUCCUGCCACUGUCCUAGAACCUGUCACUCUUAGACCUGAGGCCCCAACAACAUUAGCUUCCAAAACAUCACAACGGACACGUCGUCCACGUCUCAGAACAAAAACCACACCACGUCCUGAAGCACCUGAAUCCAAACCAGUUCCUACUGCAGAGCUCAAACCUGUGACACUCAGAACUGAGACCUGGGUGACAACACAAGGUAACAAACAGCACGUUCUGUCCUCAUUAAGUGUUCUUCCUUCUCAUUGUGAAACCCAUCCCAUCGUCAGAGCCACAGAUUCUUCUGCUUUUUAA